AUGCAGACGCUGUCUGUGGACAGGGAAUGUCUCAACAAUGUUCAAAACGCGAAUGCAUCCAAGUACGUCAUCAGCCUGAAUAACAAGUCAUGGGUGAAUGCAGAAAAAGCUUGUGCAGAUGAAGGGCUUCAGCUUGCAACUCCCAGGACCAAGGAAGAGAUGAAAGCUCUCAAUGUGGCCAUGAUGCAGAAAAAUGUCCAGAAGGUCCACAUCGGCUUACGGCGAGAUGUCCAAUUCGGUCAGGACCGGCAAGAUUUCUUGGCUGGGCCUUGGACGGAUCCCUCCGUCUUCUACUGGGUGGACGGCGAGACCUUGGACGCAGAGUGGCCUGGCUGGGGCGGCUACGGCUCCGCGGAGGGCGUGUUUGAGAUCCCGGUGAAGCAGCCUCAUUGGGAGGCCUUCCUGGAUGGCUGCUGUUAUGUUGGCUAUUUCGAGACAGUGGAUCAGGAUGGCACCAAAGGUGUCGGUGACACCACGUGCAAUUUCUUCCGGAUCCCAUUUGCUUGCCAGCCCAUCGAGGAGCCGAGUUGCAUUCGAAAGCCGCUCUCUCAUCUCAGCCCCGACCCAAAAGCAUGCAAUCGCAGCCAUGCACACGUGGAUUGGUGUGGGUGA